GCGGCGGCGGUCACAUGACCCGCGUCCGCGUCACGUGGGGCUGCCGAACGGGCGAUGGGGCGGCCGGUGGCGGGCGGGCCUGGGCCCCGCGCCUGGGUCCUGCGGCUGCUGCUCGGGCUGGCGGCCUGGCGGGGCGGCGCGGCCGGGCGGAGCGCGGUGUGCAGCUGCUGCCCGGGCCCGGUGCGGAACGGCUCCAGCGUGGCCAGUUACUGCGCGGCGCGCCCGGCCUUGGAGCUGCAGGGGCGCUGCUGCCUCAGCAGGGAGCCGGAGCCGGGCGUCAUCGUGGGGCUGGAUCUGGGCAACUGCUCCCUGACGUUCCUCUGUGCUGGGUUCCCGGAUGCCAACACUGCUGUUGUCAUUGACCUGACCGAGAACCCCUUGGGGAACAUCCCCAACACCUCCUUCCAGGGCUUCACCAGGCUGCAGAGCAUAUCCCUGCCGCGUGCCCUGGAGUGCCCUGGAGGGAACAUGGCCUGGGACCUCAACACCACCCACGGGGACAGCCGGACCUGCCAGGGACAGAGGAACCUCUGCAACAGCUCGGGGGAGCUUGCCUGGCUGUGCCCAGAGAACUCCCAGUGCAGCCCCGACGGACCCGGGCUCGUCCAGUGCCUGUGCUCCGGGAGCUACCACGGCUACAAGUGUCUGCGUGAGGGCACCUUUCCCCUGCUGCUCUUCUAUGGGACCCUGGGAGCCGUGACGACCACCCUGUCCCUGCUGGCCUGGGGCAGCCAGCGCCGGAAAGCCAAGGCCUCCUGAGCCCCUCCUGCAGGACGGGGAAAGGGCGGAGACCGGGCUGGGGGGCCUGCGCGGGGGCUUCUCCGCAGCCACUGAACUCGCCGUGGUGCCGCGUGCUGGCUCCUUUCAGCGCCCUGGGACGGUCCAGCUGCCCUCAGCACCAGCUGCCUGCAUCCCCCGUUCUCUGCCAGGGGGGAGACCCGGCUCCUCGGCCCCAGGCAAAGCUCAUUCCCGGAGCGUAAAGCCCCAGCCUGCGCUCCGGGCACCCCGCCUAGCCCCACCCCAGGCUCAGCCGCACCAAUCUCCCUGCCCUGCCCCCUCACAGUGCGGAGCCUGCGGCUGGGGCAGCAGCCCCCUCCCCAAGCACAGAUCUUCUCAGAGCAGGACGUGGGCGCUGGCCUGCAAGGUCCCCCAUGGAGUGGAGGCUUCUGGGUCUGACCACCCCACCUCCCCAAAGUCACGGACCCACAGGCCUUUGGACAGUGUCUGGGAGGAACCCUGCACUGGGCUCAGCCCCAGCUGUGGGUGACAUGGAGGUCGUGGGGGGUGGGGUCUGAUAGGUGGGGGGAAAAAACAAGGUCUCCACAGUAAAAUUCCUUCCUGACCCCCAAAAUGGGCAUUUUGACCCCGAUCACGUGAGCAGGACGCACCAGCCGAGCAUCUGUGAAGGACAAUUUGUUGAGCCAUCCUGGUGGGGUCCCAUCUCCAGCCAUGGCCAAUCGCUGACACUGGAGAAAUAAUGCCCAGAAUGCACCAGGGGAGGGCUCUGUCUUUCCUGAUGCCUGCAGGAGACCAGCUGAAUCCCUGAAGCAUGAGAUCUGGGACACAACACACAGGACAUCACCCAGGGCAGAUGGAGGCUCUGCGGCUCCCCAUAGCCCCCUGCAGUCGCUGCUCCCCAAGGGCUUUGCCAGCCCUGGAGCCAGGCUCCCAACCCGGGCGGCUCUGACGGGCUGCGAGCAGUCGAAGGGCAGCAGGGAGAUGAGGAGCAUCUGCAGCCCCAGGGCCUCAAGCACAACCAGCAGCAGGAGGAGACGGGGAAGUGCCAAGGCCGCCGGUACCAUGGCUCCAGCCAGAACAGCAGCCCCCUGCACUGCCCGGCUCUGCCUGUGACCUAGCCAAGGGGGUGGGACCUCAGGGGGAGACGAGGCGGGGCUGGCACUUGCUGGGGGAGGAGCAGUGGGUGGGGUCACAGAUAGGGCAGGGCCUCAUGGGGGGUGCACCCCUCCAAUUUUCUGUCUAGCCCACCUCAGCCCCCACAGAGGGAAGAGUCUGGCACCACCCCAGGGGUUUGCCCAGGGUAAGGCUCAUCCAGUGCAGGGUGGGUUGGUGACCCCUGCAAUAUACCCACAGGUAGGAAACUCAGCUGCAUCACUUGUCGUGGGGAGCUGCGGUCGUGCUUCCCCCUCGUCUUGGUCAGUAAAGGCAGACAAAGCUCAGAAGCUGUGGUCUGUGCUCGCUCAUCUCCUGCCAUGAAGCAUUUACUCCUGGGGAAUUCUGCGCCCCUGCGUUUGUGCAGAGUUCAUGUCCAGGGCAGAAUUUUUUCCUCCCAAGAAGCACUGCAGUUCUGGCAUUCAGCCACUAGGGGCUGUUGUGGCACCAGGACAGCUGGUGGCAUUGGUCACAGAGCAGGGCAUGUGGGGCUGUUGGGGGGUUCAGACAGGGCUAGUGGGGGGGACAGACAGGCACUGAAUGGGGGGGGUGCAGGGCCACGUGGGGACGGAGGCAGAUGUGCCUGACUGGAUGGGAGAGGCUAGUGGUCGGCCAGGGGCUGCAUGGGGGAAGCUCCCUAACAAUCCCUCCCUGCCCCCCUCUCCCCCUAAAAACCCUAUUCCAUACGUCUCCCACCCACACCCAACAACCCUCCAGGUUCACUCCCAGGCCCCUGCCCAGCAAUUUACUUCCUUCUCCCUCAGCUCCUCCGUUACCCCGACUCCCCCCGGCCUUUGCACUGCUUCGGAGGGGUGGGGGAAAUGCGGGUCUGUGUUGUAGUUUAGAUGAAUUAUUAGUCAAAGAUCGGUAUUAAUGGGCCUAGUAAGGAAUCUGAGUCUUCUUUUUUUUGGUCUGUGUUGUUACAGACACACUUGCUGACAGGUAUUUUGAAAUAAAUUACCAAAAUAAUUGAAA